UUGGCCCCCCCGCAGAUAUAAGGCCGGGGCGCGAGGCUUCCCCACCGAGCAGGAGGGGCAUGGGGCCGGCCGCGCGCCAGUUCCGAGCCUUGCUCUGGAAGAACUGGCUGUGCAGACUCAGGCAACCGGUCCUUUCUCUUGCUGAAUUCUUCUGGCCAUGUAUCCUGUUCAUGAUUCUGAUAGUACUUCGUUUUCAAGAACCUCCCAGACACAGAGACAACUGUUACUUGCAACCUCGUGAUCUGCCCAGCCAGGGAGUUUUCCCCUUUGUCCAAGGCCUUCUUUGCAACACUGGGUCGCAGUGCAGGAACAUCAGCUAUGCAGGGUCAACGGAGCACCAUUUCCGUUCAUCUAGGUUUCAAAGCACCGCUGGCCAUCACAAGAAGAUCAGCGACCUGGUCUUCUUACAAGAGAUGAACGACCUUGCUGAGGAAAUUUAUGAAAUGAUGGACAAAGCAACAGACUUACAAAAACUUUGGGUAGAAAGAUCCAAGACUCCAGAUUCUUCUUAUGGUUCUGGUUUUUUAACACUAGAUCUCAAUAAGACUGAGGAGGUGAUAUCGAAAUUGGAAAGACUUCACCAGCAGCCCCACAUCUGGGAUUUUCUACUUCUACUGCCCAGACUGUGCACAAACAGUGUCCGUGCUGAGGAUGUCAUCCGUGCUGGAAUACACCUUCUCCAGGCGAUCUCCAACUCCUUCACGUCUCUGGAAGAUUCAGAUUGGCUGCCACUCAACCCCACUUUCUCCAGGGUUUCCGAAAUCGUGCUGAAUGUGACCAUUUCGGCGCUGACAUUCCUGCAGGAGCAUGGAGUAGCGGGCACUGGGUCUGGCUGCAGCCUGCAGCCACUGCACAGCAUGCUGUGGGAUCCCCAGCAGGUCCGGGCUGAGCUGAAAUCCCGGUUCGGGUUGGAUGACUUUCGUGCACAACAGAUUCUGAGUUAUCCAGUUGAACUGACGGAGAUUCCCACACCCAGUUCAUUGGAGCGGAUACUGUGUUCAGCCUUCUAUGAGACCUCCGAGGACGAAGGUGACAGAGAGGGUCACCCUGGAGACUGUCACCCGAGGUGGUCAGCGGCCCAAACCUAUCUGGUCCAUGCAGUCAGCUGGCUGCACGUCUACAAGCAGGUGUUCUGUCAGUGGUGGAAGGGCAGCCUGCUGCAGGAUGUCCUCGCAGGGGCUGGCCGCAGUCUGCAGGUGCUCCGCAGGCGGCUGGAGGGAGAGAGCCUGCCCCGGAAGGUGGUGGAAGCUUUGCACGCUGGGCUUUCCCUCCUGAACGACAGCAUGGCAGCCGAUGGUCCCACAGGCAGCCCCCUACCUCCAAAGACGAUAUUUCAUAUGCUUGAAAAAGCACAGUUGUCCCUGGAACAAACGCACUACUGGAAAGCCCUGAUGGGACUCAUCAGGAAGACUUGUGAAGUGGCUCGAUAUGUGAAUAUGCCAGAAGGCUUCCAGAACAGUCUACCUGCUUUCUCGAAGGAAUCUCCUUGUUAUGAAGAAAGCAUGAAUUGGAAAAUCAUCAGUGAUAAUUAUUUUGCAUUUUUGAAAAACUUACUCAAGUCUCCAAUAGCUUCCAUAUCCAGGGUCUUAAACUCCACAAAGGAACUUCUAAUGAUGGAAAAGAAGUUGCAUACCCUUGAGGAUGAGCACAUGAACUUUCUUUUAUCAUUUGUGGAAUUUUUGCAGACAUUGUUAUUGCCCGAGUCUUUCUACUCAUCCAGUGUUCCCCAAUUGCAUAACCCCCCACCUCUCAUGGAGACUAGUUUAAAUACAAGGUCAUUGUCGGGAAAUCAUUUAAAACGUUUAGAAGGAGAGCCAUCUGGUCGUGAUACUCAGAAACUUUCAGAAUUUGGCAAAGAGAUGAUUGAAAAAAUACAAACUCUUGAAAGGAAGGAAUCAAGAUAUAUUUUGAGAUUUAUGGAAUUAUUGCUUUUUGAAACGAAUCCCAAGCUAUUGGAAUUGUGGAUGUAUGACAUUUCAAAAGGAGAAAGAGCUAAUGUGGAAACUUCGUCUACACUUUUAAAUUUUUCUGUCCCAGAAAAUGAGAGGAUUCUUAGUAAAAGCUUUAACUUUUCCCAGUUGUUCCAUUCAGAUUGGCCUAAAUCACCAGCUGUGGACAUGGAUUUUGUUCAUUUAAGUGAAACUAUAAUAAAUAGCCUCUAUGAAUUUGGAUUUCUGAGGCAGGAACAAGUCUCUGACGCCUUGGACACGGUGUACGCUGUAAGAAAUGUGUCUGAUCAUUUGUUAACCCUUUCCGAACCUCAGAAACAAGAAGUUAAUACGGUUUUGACUCAUGUGUAUCUAAAUGUCUUCAAGGACAAAGAUUCAGCUCUACUUCUGCAGAUUGCAUCUUCAUUUUACCAACAUAUUUAUAAAUUUGUGAGCAUUCCGAGCACAGAGGGUUUGCUAUCUGUCCUUACACAAAUCUCAAAACACAUUUUGGAUAUCAUAAAACAGUUUAACUUCCAAAGCAUCAGUGAAGCAUUUACCUUUUUAUAUGAGACAACAGAGCUUCUUGGGGGAAUUUCGGAAGUAUCGUAUUGUCAACAAUUGCUUUCAAUUUUGAACUUUCUGGAGCUUCAGGCCCAAUCUCUGGUGUCUACAGAGAGCCCAGAAUUGGAAGCGAUGCAUGCUACCCUCACAGGCCUCAAGCAGCUGUUCAUAGUGGACGAAGAUUUCCGUGUUUCUCUAUUUCAGUAUAUGAACCACCUCUUCAACAGUUCAGUAGAAACCCUGUUGGGUAAUGAAUGCUUUGCUUUCAAUAACAAGAGCAUUUCUUCUGUGAAUUAUUCAGUAAACGGGGGGCCUCCAUUUAGUCUUCUGUGGACACAAGUUCUUUCAAACCUCUCCACAAAUGGCAGUGAGUUCAAUGAGCUUAUGGCUGUUCACUGUACCAUUUCAUGGCUUCAAAUGUGGACUGAAAUCUGGGGAAGCAUAUCUCAAAUAUUGAAGAUGGACAUGAAUGUUUUCACUCCCCUUCAUAUUGGUCUCACUCAGCUUUUGGAUGAACUAGAAAGUGAUGUGAAAAUUUCUAAAACCUGCCAAGGAAUAUUUCCCACCCAUCACCCUGCUAGACUCAUAUUACAUCUAUUUAAAAAUGUGACUCAAGCGGAUGGUUUCAAUGGCUGGGAUGAUUUGCUGAUUCUCAGGGAUCUCUGGGUAGCAUUAGGUGAUACGUUCCUUAGAGUAAAGUUGCUUAACCUGAACCAAAUAGAGAAAUCCCUUUUCACCAUGGAAACUGCCCUGAGUCAGCUGAAGGCAUUUCCACUUAACACAAGUGCAGGCAGAGAGUUUUUAUAUUCUCUGCUUGACCUUUUCAUUGAGUUAAGCAAUAACUCAGAAUAUGUAGAUAGAAAUGUACAUCUGGUAAAUCCCUUUCUUUCAAAUAACCCCACAAAUUACAGAGCAAAGUUUGAAAGUAUCAUCACCAACCUAAGAGAAACAAUAUUAUUUCUUAGAAAUGUGUCCCAUGACCAAGAUUUGUUGUCCUGUGCUGAUAUUUUCCAAAAUGUUACUGAGUUUCUUUUGGAAGAUGGCUUAUUACAUGUAAACACUUCACAGAGGACAUUACACAUUCUGGCCAUGUUAAAUUCCACGUUUUCCUCUGAGGACACAAUUAAUAGACUGAAAGGGUGCAUUGAAUGGGUAGACAUCAUAAACCGUCUGCACGUGACACGUCAUCCCAGUUCUUCACAAGGCCAUAUUCAGGGUGCUUUGAGGAAUUUCAGAGAUGUAGGAAACAAAUUUAACUCUACCUUGAAGUUUGUUACUUGGCUGUUGAAUAUGAUGGAAUCUGGUUGUUCAUUGAAUAAGUCAAAUAUAAAUUGUGUGAAUAUUUACUUGAAAAGUGUAACUGACUUUCUAAAUAUUAUACUUACUGCAGUCUUUGAAAAAGAAAAGAUACCAAAAUUUGAGAUUUUAUUAAGUCUUUUAAAUGAUUCCACUGACCAAAUAAGGAUGAUUAUCCACAACUUAACAAGAGACUUUGGAUUUGCAUCUCAAUCCAACUGGAAACAUUUUACUGAAUCAAUUCUAAGACCCAUAGAAAUGUCCAAUGAAAUUCCUAGCCAAUUUCAAAAUAUUUGGCUGCAUUUAGUAGCUCUAGGGAAGGAAAUUAAAAAACUUGCCAAAGAUAUUUUCCCUAAUGUCCUGGAAAAUAACUCCUCUUCUGAAAUGGAAAAGUUUUUUAAUAUAUUUGCUACCAGUCCGAAGGAAAAAGAUAUAAACAGUUUAGACAAUUUAUUUUUCCAUUUAGCUAGUUAUUUUCCCUUCAACUUAUCUCAUGAUCUGCAAAAUUCACCCCAGAUAAUUCCACGUGAAAUAAUGAAAUCAGUGGGUCUUGGUGUUCAGUUACUUAGGGAUGUGCUCUACUCUGUAAUGUCCUCAGUGCCUCGCAACAGUCCAGAAGAUCCAGGGAAUCGUCAGGUUUUAAAGAAGGUGACUUCUCUCCUGCGUACUCUCAAGAAGACAGACAUAGACCUGCUGGUAGGCCAACUUGAGCAGAUUGGAGAAAGCCUAAUGGAUUUCUUUAAGAAUGUCAGCCGAGUGGGUGCUCGCAAUGUGGGGAUCAACGUGCUUGUUGGCUUGGUGGAGAAAGUUGUGGACAGCUUACAUUCUUGGGAUGUCAGCCAUCUGCUGAGGCUGUCCCACCUGUUUCCCAGAGAUGAUGUGAACACUAUGGUGGACGUGUUCUACGUUCUUCCUCACGCCGCGAGGCUCCUGCACAGAGUAGUUGACAAAAACAUCACAGAAGCCCUCAAGGAUGUCCACGACUUCACACUCCUUCACGGCAUGAGCAUUUCUAAUGUCACCAAGGAAGACUUCAUUGUUGUGAUUAAAGCUCUUCAGGACGCCAUUGAGUUAAUAUCGGAUAAACCAGGUAUUCUCACAGAGGCUUUAACUUGUCUUCCUGUGGUUUGGUGCUGGAAUCACACAACUUCUGGAUUUCAGCAGAAUCAGAAGUUAGAAGCCUGUAAUGGCCAUGAGCGCAUGUCUUCUUCCUUUCAUAGCACAGUGGCCCGUUUACUUGACCACCUCCACCUGUCUCCCUCAGGUGAAGUUUCGCAAUGUUCAAAUGAAAGCUUGCAGGUGGAAAUAAGUAGGAAAAUGGUCUGUGUCAUUCAUGAACUAGCAGACUGGAGCUCCAUUCUUCUAGAGCUGUCAGAAGUCUUCCAUGUUAAAAGUUCGCUUGUGAACACUGUGCAAGAAUUUUGGCAUAAGGUGUUACCAUUUGUCCCGUCUUCUGGAAAUCAAAGCAAUGGCAGCAUGUCUGGACUUUGUUCCACUGGUCCUGUAAAGCAAGUUGCUUUGCAAAUUGUAGAAAAAUUAAAAAAUGUCAACUUUACAAAAGUUACAUCAGAUGAAAACCUUCUUAAUAAACUAGCUAGUUUAAAAAAGAUCCUUAACCUUGAUGAAGGCACAGAGGCAUUUGUUAGAAAUAUUUCCUUAAAUUUGGAAAGGAUAAUAAAAUCGCUUUCUGGGGAUAAGAGCCUAGAAAAUAGUGCUCAUGCUUUAGUCUUUCCAUUCAUGACGUUUCUGAAUGCAACCCUUGCAGGUAGUAAUUUGGAAACACUGUCAAGUUUUAUUAAAAAAAGGGAAGCAACUUACAACUUUGAAGAACUAUGGCUUGAGUUUGAACAAACCGUGAAAGAUCUAAGUCAUGACUUAAAUAUCAGACAUCUGUUCUCUGAAAUUAACAAAGACAUUCAAAUGAUUAAUUCAGUGACCCUUCAAAACAUAACUUUGCAACUUGCCCAUUUUUGGGAAAGCAUGAAUUCAUCAUCUUUGCAGGCAUCAGAAAUUGCUGAAGAUUUUCUAGCAGUCACAAAAAACUGGCUUCAUAAAUAUACAAAUGAGGAAUACUCGAGAAUAAUACAAAUAUUUCUUCUUCUUAUGGCCAACAAGAGUUCAGCUGAUGAUCUAGCUUUGUUGACUAAAGAUAUUACGAUCUAUAUGGGCUAUCUCAAAAAUGUUUCUAGAGGAGGUAAUUUUGAUGAUGCCCUUCUUACUCAACUGCUAAACCAAGAGCAGCUAACUAAUUUCUCAGUUGUUCAGUGGCUUUUAGAAAGCUUCCUAAUUAAUUCAGUCAAUAACUUAGCUGGGAGUUCUCCAGAGGCAGCCUGGAAUUUAAGUGAUACUGACCUUCAAAUAGUGAAUUUCAUGGACCUCGCCUUGGACCAAACACAGUCAGAAAAGAGAGAGGGAAGAAUUCUCCCUCCGGGAAGCAGAGUGGCGUUCAUGGACCAGCUUUUGAAAACAUUCUUCUCCUUUUUACAAAAGGGAAAUUCUGAGAACAAAAUCUCUCUUCUGCUGAAAGACUUUCCCAAAGACGUCACUGCGGAGAUGGGUUUUGUCCCAAAAGAGAAAAUUCUGGAAAUUCCGAAAGUGGAUCAGUUCCUUACCUUUAUGACAGAAGACAAAUUGAUGAGCAUUUUUUCAAGUUUAAAGGAGACUAUGUAUCAUCUAAUCAAAAGCUCAUUUGUAUUAGACAAUGGAGAGUUUUCUUUUGGUAGUCAUCGAGGACUGAAGUACAUGCGAGGUUUAUUGAAUGAGCUUCUGCGGGAAACCUCGAUGAAAAAUAAGACUGAAAAUACUUGGGAGUUGCUUGUGUUGGUGAGUCAGUUGCUUUUCCAUCUGAACAGUUCUGAGGACCUCUUUAGACUCAGUCACAACCUUCAGUCAGCGCUUCACCUUGUGAGAGAAACUUCAUUAGCGAUAGCAAAUCUGAGGGAUACUCUUUUAAACUCUUUUAACAAGGACUUCCGUGGCUUGGAUCCUACGAUCCAACAAGUGAUACUUGCUAAUCUAACAGAUUUGCUUUCCUUUGCAAAUACAUCAUUCCCCCUAAGAAACAGAGCCACUUUAGAAAUUACUAAGAGAUUACUUGGUAUUGUCUCAAGAGCUGGUGGAGAAAGUCAGGUCCUGGAACCCCUCGUGGAAAUGUCUGAUACUCUGACCAUGCUGGUAAGUGACAGUGCUAAAAUGAAAGACCUUGCCACAUCCAUGAACUCCAUCGUGCAACUACUUGAGUUAGCCAAGAAAGUUUCGGGGAAGAUGGUCACUCUUUUUGAAACCCAUUUCAUCUCAGGUACCAAUGACACCAUGAAAUUCUUUGAUCUUCUUUAUUCCAUUUUACAACACAGUGUUCGAAAUGUGAAUGAAAUAACUACUUUGAAAAAAGUGGAUCGUUCAGUAUAUGAAAAUAUAAAUGACUUGUGGACGCCAUUUCUUGACUUGGCCUUUGGGAUGAUUGGGGUCAAACCUAAUAUUUCACAAGACUCUGAUAUUUUCAAUACGUCAUCUAACAUAGUCUCUUAUGUGAAUGAGUCCAAGGAUUUUUCUGAUAUUUUGAAAGAAAUUGCUGAAUUUUUAACUUCUGGGAAAAUUAAUUUGGAAGAUGUGGAGCAUUUUCUGGUAGCAGUUCAUAAUGGGACUCAAAUAUUUUCUAUGGAUUCUCUUAACAUAUGGGAAGAAAUCCUGGAUUGCUUAGUUUCUAUAAAUAACAUCACCAACCAGAUAGACUUCUUACAUCCUAAUCCAAUUUCCACUCAUAUUUUCUGUCAAGGUGCUCAUGAAGCAAUCCCAUUUUUGGGUGCAAUGCUGUCACAAAACAGCACAGAAAUAGAAACUUACUUGAGAAUGGUGAUUGAUCUCACCUUAGAAGCUCUUUGGAAUAACUUAGAGGAGGAUAAGCGGGAUGUUUUUAAUCUGUUGCUGACACUUGCUCAGCGUCCAAACAUCCUUUUGGAAGCUAUAGAAACAGCUGUUAAGGUCUCCAGAGGAGUGAAGGGUGGCUGCGGCCAUGACUUGGGGAACACUUUGGUCUUCAACACGUCUCUGAGUCAGAAUGCAACUCCUGAACAACCUGAAGAAGCGAUCCGAAGUGUGUUACCUCAAACAGCUCUCCUGAGGGCAGAGAUCCUGAACAACUCUCAGUGGGCGAAUUCCACGAGAACUUCGUUUCAGCCUGUUUUUGAGGUUUUCAGUAAUGCAACCACUGGAAAGAAGAUCACAUCAGGAAAGGAAGAGAAGACCGAGAAAGUCGUGACUGACUCUCAUUAUAUCUUCAAACCAUUACCUCGUUUCGAGAACUUCCGGAAGGGACUAAUUGCAUUGACUGAAUAUUGGCAGAAGGUCCCCCUGACAUGUCAAAGUGUUGCUGAAAUGUGUCAGGGUUCCCGGCAGCCGGUGAAGCCCGCGACGGCCGUCGUGACUCUGCAGAGAGCGAAGAUGCUGGUCCUGCAUGCGGUCCUCAUCCUCACAGAAAACCCGUCUUUCACCAAGGACGUCCUCUGCGCUGCUCUGAGUUGCCAGCAAGGUGGCAUAAGGCAACUCCUUUUGUCUGGUCUGCAAGGGGCCGCUGCGGUGCAAGACCACUACCAGGAAAUGAAAAAGUUAUGGUUCUCGCCCCGUCCGCUAGACUGUGAGCGUCUUAGCAGGAAUCUUGCCAGCACUUUGGAACGCUUCAGGAGUGACCUGGAAACCACCAGCGCCCAGGACUGUGUGUGCCAGCCCGUCCUGGACGGGGACCCCUGGCGCGUGCACACGUUGGUCCAAAACCUCGAAAAGACUUUGUUUUCCGGGAAUCCGAUUAUGACUUUUCUUAGCAAUUUCACAGUACCUGUGGAUGUGAAAGUAAAAGAUUUAGUGAAGAAUGUCACCGAGCUAACAGAAGAGCUUCGGUCCUCCAUUCCCAUCUCAGAUGACACUAUCAAUAGUAUUUUAGAAGCUAAUAUCUCCCACGCGCAGGUUCUCUCAAGUGCCCUCACGGUGGCUUUGUCUGGGCGAUGUGACCAGGACGUUCUUCGCCUCCUGCUGGUGUUCCCUGAGGAUGAAGCGUCUUGGUUUGCAGUGAAGGAGCUAUGUGGCCUGCCCGGGACCAAAGCGUACACUCUCAUCAUGUCCAUGAGCCGGAACCUGGACCUGCGGAAUUUCAUUUACAAAACCCUGAUACCGGCUGAAGCCAGCGGCGUGCUCAGCUCCCUGCUGGACUUGGUCUCCAGGCUCAGCCGCCUGCUCCCCAAAGCCGGCCGCAUCCUGGAAUACCUCCCCGAAUUUCUUCAUGGGUUGAAAAUCCCGGCCUUGCUGGAGGCAUCUGGCUUUCACCAGGCUCCACACAGUGGCCAGGCCCGAAGUGCGGCCUUUGGUUCUCUCCAAUCUGUGAUGAAGAUGGUUUGCCAGGACCAGGAGUCUUUCCUUAGCAAUUCUCAUACGUUGAUUAACUUGCCCAGAGUUCACGAACUCCUGGGAGAUGACAAAGAAAAAUUCAACAUUCCCAAAGACUCAACUCCAUUUUGCUUGAAGCUUUAUCAGGAAAUUCUACAGUCUCCAAAUGGCGCUUUGGUGUGGUCCUUCCUGAAACCUAUACUACACGGAAAAAUACUAUACACGCCAAACACCCCGGAGAUUAAAAAGGUCAUUCAGAAGGCUAAUUACACUUUCUAUUUUGUGGACAAACUAAAGACUUUAUCAGAAACGUUGCUGAAGGUAUCCAGUGUUGUUCAGGGCACUGGGAAGGGCCAGGUGCUCGGCCGACUGCAGGAGGCGCUUAGAAACAAAUUUAUAAGAAACUUUGUAGAAAGCCAGUUGCACAUCAGUGUGGACAAACUGACUGAAAAGCUCCAGACAUACAGACGGGUGCUGAGCAGGAUGCUGAGCCACCUGGGCGACAGGCGCCUGCACUUCCUGGGCCGCGUCUUGGCCAACCUGUCCUCCUGCGUGCUGCUGGACCGUUUCCAGGCCCUGGAGUCGGCUGCCAUGCUGGACGCGAAAGCCCGGGAGCUCAUGCGGCAGAACAGCUUUCUGGCCAGUGUCAUAUUCAACAGUUCCUUAGCCGGCAAGAACUUCAGAUCGGAGCCUCUCCCGCUGCCACCUCAUGUCACGUACACCAUCCGGACCAGCAUCUUAUAUAGCAUGCGGACGGACUUGGUGAAAAACCCCUUCUGGAAGUUCCAUCCUCAGAGCCUACCAGCUGAUGGGUUCAAAUAUAACUACAUCUUCAUUCCGUUACAAGACAUGAUCGAAAGAGCCAUCAUCCUGGAGCAGACGGGGCAGGAAGCCGUGGAACUGGCCACACAGGCACAGGCGAUCCCAUACCCCUGUCACCGCAGUGACCUGUUCUUGAACAACGUGGGUUUCUUUUUCCCCCUGAUCAUGAUGCUGACGUGGAUGGUGUCUGUGGCCAGUAUGGUCCGGAAGCUGGUUUACGAGCGUGAGAUUCAGAUAGAAGAGUACCUGAGGAUGAUGGGGGUACACCCGACCGCCCCCUUCCUGGCCUGGUUCCUGGAGAACGUCGCCGUGGUGACCAUCAGCAGCGCGGCGCUGGCCGUGGUCCUGAAAGCGAGUGGCCUCUUCGCGUACAGCAAUGCCCUCAUCGUUUUCCUCUUCCUCCUGGAUUUCGGGGUGUCUGUUGUCAUGCUGAGUUUCUUCCUGAGUGCCUUUUUCAGCCACGCGAACACAGCCGCCCUCUGUACCAGCCUGGUGUAUAUGAUCAGCUUUUUGCCCUACAUCAUCCUGUUGGUUCUACACAACCAAUUAAGUGUUGCCAUUCAGAUAUUUCUGUGCCUCCUCUCCACGACCGCCUUUGGACGAGGAGUAUUUUUCAUUACAUUCCUGGAAGGGCAAGAGGCAGGAGUCCAGUGGGAGAAUAUGUACCAGUCUCCAGAGCAAGUGGGCAUGGCAUUUGGCUGGAUUUGCUGGAUGAUUCUGUUUGAUUCUGGCCUGUAUUUUUUAUGUGGAUGGUACCUAAGCAACUUGAUUCCAGGAGCCUUCGGCCUAAAGAAGCCCUGGUAUUUCCCCUUCACUGUCUCAUACUGGAAGGACGUGUGCGGCUCGGUGGUGAAAAGGUGGUGCACUGCGUGUGCUGUUUCCAUCUUCAGGGAGGGCUUCGACCGUAAAGGGUCAUCGCCGCAGAACGGGAAGGGAACGCUGGAAGGAGGCCCCCUGGGCGUCACCCUGGUGUCUGUGACCAAGGAGUACCAGCCCCACAAGGCGGCCGUCCAAGACCUGACCCUCACCUUCCACAGCGGCCAGAUCACCGCCCUGCUGGGCACCAACGGCGCCGGGAAAACCACUGUCAUAUCCAUGUUGACGGGACUGUACGCUCCCACUUCUGGAACCAUCAUCAUCAAUGGCAAGAACCUGCAGACAGACCUGGCGGCGGUCAGAAGGGAGCUGGGGGUAUGUCCUCAGCAGGACGUCCUGUUCGACAACCUCACCGCCCGCGAGCACCUGCUGCUCUUUGCUUCCAUCAAGGCUCCGCAGUGGACCCGGGCCGAGCUGCAUCAGCACAUCUGCAGGACUCUUCAGGACGUGGGGUUAACGUCACACCAGCAUAAACAAGCCCGUGCCCUGUCUGGAGGCCUCAAGAGGAAGCUGUCCCUCGGUAUUGCUUUCCUCGGCACAUCGAGGACCGUGGUCCUCGACGAACCCACCAGCGGGGUGGACCCUUGCUCCCGCCGCGACAUCUGGGACAUUCUCCUCCAGUACCGAGAAGGUCGGACGCUCAUCUUCACCACCCACCACCUGGAUGAGGCGGAGGCGCUGAGUGACCGCGUGGCCAUCCUGCAGCACGGCCGCCUGCGGUGCUCGGCACCCCCGUCCUGCCUGACGGAGGCCUACGGCCAGGGGCUCAGCCUGACGCUCACGAGACAGACUUCUGUCCCGGAGGUCGAUGACGCGAAGGCCACAGCUUGUGCUACGUCCCUGAUACAGACCUAUGUCCCGCGGGCGUUUCUCAGAGCCAGCAGUGGGCGUGAGCUGAGCUACAUCGUCCCCAAGGAGGCCGACCGAGCCUGCUUCAAAGGGCUUUUCCAGGCCCUGGAACAGAACCUCCAUCAUCUGCACCUGACGGGCUACGGGGUUUCCGACGCCACCUUAGAAGAGGUGUUUCUGAUGCUUUUGCAAGAUUCCCCAAAGCAAUCUGACCUCGCCCCGGGGCCCGAGCUGGAGCCGCAGAGACACCAGCCUGCAGAGAGCGAUCCUGGCUGCUAUGGCGCCUUUGCCAGGACCCCACCUGCAUGGAGUGGUCAGCUGCUUCUCACCCAGAUGGCUGCCCUCCUGAGCAAGCGGCUUUGCCACGCGCGCCGGGCCUGGAGAGGCAUGCUGUCGGAUCUGCUGCUGCCCCCCUUCUUUGUGGCCUUGGCAAUGGGCUUGUUCAUGGUGAGGCCUUUGGCCGUUGACUACCCUCCCCUCAAACUAACACCUGGCCAUUACGAGCGGGCCGAAGCUUACUUCUUCAGCAGUGAGAGUGACGACAUGGGUCUUGCCCACGUGCUUUUGCGGAAGUUUGAAGACCAGGAUUUGCUCUGUGCUGACCCAAACCCAGACCUGAACAAUUCUUCCUGCUGGAACACGGAUCCCUUUUCUCACCCAAAAGUCCAGGGUUCCUGUGCCUGCCUGCCAUGUCCAAAUGGAAGUGUCAGCGCGCCCUACCUGACCAAUCGCCUGGGCCACACGCUGCUGAACCUCUCAGCCUUCCGCCUGGAGGAGUAUUUGCUGCUGCCAAGUGAAAAACCAAGGCUUGGAGGUUGGUCUUUUGGAGUGCGAAUCCCGGGUCCCGUUCAAGAUGCAAAUUCAAGUAUAUCAAAACCCAAACCUCUGGCAAAGGUGUGGUACAACCAGAAGAGUUUCCAUUCCGAACCGUCCUACUUAAACCACCUAAACAACCUUAUUUUGUGGAGGCUCUUACCCCCUGCCGUGGACUGGAGGCAAUACGGAAUAACGCUGUACAGCCACCCAUAUGGAGGGGCCUUGCUGAACGAGGACAAGAUCCUGGAGAGCAUCCGUCAGUGUGGCGUCGCUCUCUGCAUCGUGCUCGGCUUCUCCAUCCUGUCUGCGUCCAUCGCGAGCUCCGCAGUGAGGGACCGGGUGACUGGAGCCAAGAGGUUGCAGCACAUAAGUGGCCUGGGCUACGGAACGUACUGGUUCACUAACUUCCUGUAUGACAUGCUCUUUUACUUGGUUUCCGUCGGCCUGUGUGUCGCCGUCAUUGUGGCCUUUCAGUUAACAGCGUUUACUUUCCGCGAGAACUUAGCAGCCACGGCACUCCUGCUGGCACUUUUCGGAUACGCAACUCUUCCGUGGAUGUACCUGAUGUCCAGAGCCUUCUCCAGCCCGGACGUUGCUUUCAUCUCCUACAUCUCCGUGAACUUCAUCUUCGGCCUGUGCACCAUGCUGAUGACCACCAUGCCCCGCUUACUGGCCGUCGUCUCCAGCGCUCAGAAUUUACAGGACAUCUACGACGUCCUCAAGUGGGUCUUUACCAUUUUCCCUCAGUUCUGCCUGGGCCAAGGCCUGAUAGAACUCUGUUACAAUCAGAUCCAGUACGACCUGACGCACAGCUUUGGCAUCGAUUCCUACGUGAGCCCCUUUGAGAUGAGCUUCCUGGGCUGGAUCUUCGUGCAGCUGGCCUUGCAAGGCUCGGUUCUUCUCCUUUUAAGGGUUCUCCUGCACUGGGACCUGGUGCGGAGCUGCAGGGGUCACUCUGCCAUCCAAGGCACAGUCACGUCUUGUAAGGACACAGAUGUGGAGAAAGAGCAAAUGAGGGUGUUGAAAGGACGAACCAGUGGGGACAUCCUCGUGUUAUACAACCUUAGUAAAAGUUACCGGAACUUUUUCAAGAGGACCACUGCUGUGCAAGACAUAAGUGUGGGCAUCAAGAGAGGAGAGUGCUUUGGGCUUCUGGGGGUGAACGGAGCUGGGAAGAGCACCACAUUCAAAAUGCUGAGUGGGGACAUCCCUCCGAGCUCAGGACAUGCCAUCAUCAGGACUCCCACGGGAGAGGACGUGGCUCUGUCUUCCGCUGGCCUGGUAGGGCUCCGUGUCGGCUACUGUCCACAGCAGGACGCACUGGACCAAUUCCUGACUGGGUGGGAGCACCUGCGUUAUUACUGCUGCCUGCGCGGGAUUCCAAAGCCACGCAUCCCUCAGGUUGCUGGGGACCUGGUGAGGCGCCUCCACCUCGAAGCCCAUGUGGACAAGCCGGUGGCCACCUACAGCGGGGGGACCAAGCGGAAGCUGUCUGCAGCCCUGGCCCUGCUGGGGGGGCCUGACCUCCUUUUGCUGGAUGAGCCCAGCUCAGGGAUGGACCCCUGCUCUAAGCGGUUCCUGUGGGAAGCUAUAAUGAAGGAGGUUCGGGAAGGCUGUGCCGUGGUGCUGACAUCCCACAGCAUGGAGGAGUGUGAGGCUCUUUGCACAAGACUUGCCAUCAUGGUCCACGGGAGCUUCCACUGCCUUGGUUCCCCCCAACACAUUAAAAACAGGUUCGGUGGUGGUUACACAGUCAAAGUGUGGCUCUGCUGCAAGGAAGGCAGCCACCACGGGGCCAUUUCCGAGCUCCUGAAGCUUCAGUUCCCAGGGGUCCAGUUUAAGGGCCAGCGCCUUAAUUUAUUGGAAUAUCACGUGCCCAAAAGAUGGGAGUGCUUAGCUGACCUGUUCCGAGUUCUCGAGGACAAUAAGGCCUUGCUGAAUAUCAAACAUUACUCCAUUAACCAGACCACUUUGGAGCAGGUGUUUAUUGAGUUUGCUGCUGAGCGGACGCCACCACCUCCCCCUGCCCCAUCCGGUGGUAAGCAGCCACCCCACGUGCCCGUCUAAGUCCCAGGAUGAUGUUUUAAGAGGAACCAAACCUUGGCUUUUGUUGCAAUUUGUCCUCGUGCAUCGGAGAAGCGAGCGCCGUGGAGAAGCCGGGAGCCCCGCCCCGGGCAGUCAGGGCCUGCUCUCCUUCAUCGUCUCCGUGCAAACUCGUUGUGAGUUAAUCAUCAACAGACUAAAAGGCCUUUCUUUCCUCAGACUUUCGGGGGGUUUCUCCAUCCAACACACUCUUUUUGCUAAGCCAAGGUGGGCACAAGCGUGAGUGAAUCCAGAGUCCAGACUGAGACAGUUUGGAUCUGGAAGGGCCGUCAGGGAUGGUCCAUUUCAGACAUUUCAUUUCAGUUUUAAGGAACCCGAGGCCCCCAAAGUUAAAACUUGACUGACUUGUUUGUAUAGAAAAUAGUACGUAGGAUUCUUUUCUACUUUUUCAGCUUUUUAGUACAUAUGCUUACAAGUGCCUAAAUAAAAAUUCAACGAUUUAAAUGCAAACUUUUCCUUAUACUGGAGGACAUUUUAUGGUAUGACAUGAAAUAAAAGGCCACCAUUUUUUAUCUAAAAGAUGCUUUUUAAGAGAAUUGGAAUUAAACAGCUUUUUAGUUAAUGCUUUAGCAAAAUUAAGUAAAUUGCACUGGGUACUCUCUAUCAUUUGUAAACGUUUUAUCAGACUUUCACAGAUUAUGAUUUUAGGGGCGUAUAGAAAGAAAAAUUAUGUGGACACAUUUUCUUUUUAUUAAUUUGGAUUAUAAUUACCAUUUUCAAAUUAUUUAAAGCCAGUGGUUUUCAGAGUGUGGUGGUCUCAUAUGAGCUACAUCAGCAAGUGCUGGGAGCUUGUUAGAAGGCACAUUCUCAGGCCCCACCCAGGCCGAGUGGAUGUGAAACUCUGGGGCAGGGGUCCCGCAAUCUGGCUCUUAAACAAGACUCCCUGGGAUUCUGACGCACAUUUAGUUUGAAAACCGGUGAUCUAAGGACACACCUAGUUACCUUCUAAUUACACAAGCAAAACGAGCACAGUACAUAGUAUAUAAGUAUGAAUUUUAUCAUUUAAAAUUUUUUCUAAGAAUUAUGUCAUUCUCAGAAUCAUUGCCCUCAAAGUAUUUUCAGAUAUAAAAUGCUGAGAUAGGGCUCUGAAAGGCUAUGGAAACCUGACAUUUCACAUCUUGUGGUUAGUAAAAUCCAUAAAUCAACGUUUCUACUACUGAAAAUAGUUUCCAGUCAGACGUUUCUAAGUUGAGAUAUUUCUCAACCUCCUUUGAAUACCAUUUUCUAAAAUCUCAAUGGAGGACCGCAUUACUUUUCAUUUUAAAAUUUAACUUUAUUUAAUUCACUUUUUGAGUAAUAGUAGCUUGUGAUCAAAGGGAAACUCUCUCGUGACAUUUCCUUACUAAAGCAAGACUUCUUUAAUAUCUGUCUUUCCUAAGUAAUCUUUCU